AUGGGAAGCCACAUGCCCAAACCUGAACCAAACAAUAAGGGACCAGGCAACCAUCCCACCAUAGUCUCAGCAGUGACCUCUGCACCCUGCCUCUCUGGCCACCCCAACAAAGAAUAUUUGGUCUUAGCCUUUUUUGCUGGGGUUAUACUGACACUGCUGCUGACGGCCUUUGUCUUCCUCAUCAUAAAGAGCUGCAGAAAAUCAGGUCAUUCCAGGCCCCAGGCCCUGGAUCCUCCUUCAGAUCAUCCAGUCAAGCUUUCAUCCUCAGAGGAGGUACUUACCUAUGCCAGCAUGACUUUCAAAGCCCCCAAAGAAAACAGCAAUCACCUGAACAAGAGUGUACAGAAUGAUGUACACUCGGAUCCUGUUGUCUAUGCUCAGGUUAAAGUGACAAACUCACCUUGCCUCUCCAGUGAGGCUUGA